CAAAUCUACCUCAUCCGAAACUUCUUCCCCUCCACCCUCUGCAAAACCUACACUUCUUUCCUCUCCUCCUUACCGUUAACCACCACCCCCGGGAAGCCCAAAAAGGGGGAUGCCGUGCGCGUCAACGACCGUUUCCAACUCCAAGAUGAUCGUUUUGCCGAGACGCUAUGGACUCAGACUGCUUUGAAGGAUCUGGUGAUGAAUGUUGGGCAGGAGGAAGAGGAAGAAUACCUGGAUGAGGGGGCUGGGACUGGGGCUGGGAACAAGGAUGAAGGUGUUGAUGUGAAGGAGACAUGGGGCGGAGAACCCCUCGGACUGAAUGGGAAUAUUCGCAUUUAUCGGUACUCGAAGGGGCAGUUCUUUGCGCAGCAUUAUGACGACUCCAAUGCCAUCACAUUCCCCUCCCCCGGUCGCCCUCCCCGAGCCGCCCGUACGACUUGGACGCUCCUCAUCUACUUGACCAGCUGUGAGGGCGGCGAAACCGUCUUCUAUCCGGAGCCCACCCGCACCAAUCGCAACCCUGAGCCUGUCUCCGUGGCUCCGGUACCGGGCAUGGCGCUGCUGCAUCGGCAUGGGGAUCGCUGUAUGUUGCAUGAGGGGAAGGAGGUUCUACAGGGGGAGAAAUGGGUGUUGAGAAGUGACUUGGUGGUGGCGCGUUGAGCGGUUGAUUCUCAAUUACCCUACCAUCUGAUUUACAGAUUCAGGUCUAAUCUUGUACAGCCUGACAGGCCUGAGUAUAUAGCAUCUUACGAGUCGACGUCGAGUGCAUCUCAAACCAUAUGUAUCCUUCGU